AUGGCAUUGGAGCUGCAACAGCUUAAGGAGAACACGAAGCGUGUAGACAACUUCAAGACUCCACCCCCGAAAGUGUCAGCACCAUCACCCGAAAAGGGAUCACCUACCCCAGUUUCCCAAACUGCUCAGGGAUCAAAGGGGGACCCGAAGGCCAAAAAGGUCAUUAUGCCCCCUGGUGACCGGCCACCGCCUGCAACUGAAGGCGCCAAACUCAACCGUUUGCGCCGCCUGUGCGAAGUGAAGCCGUCGGGAAAAUGCCAGGUUCCCGCUUCCGUUCACGAACGCUGGAAGCAUGGGUCUAAGGAGGACAAGGAAGCCAUGAUAGAAGAGCUGGAGAAAGUUAACUGGUCCAAGGACAUGUUCAUUUCCCGAAUUACCAAAGUGAUCUCUCAGAACAAGAAGCUGUCCCGGCGCAAAAAACGAGGGUGGUUUACAAAGGAAGAGAUGGCCAAGACUUUGGGUUGGAGCACGUCCUACAUCAAGUGUGCUGUCGAUUUCUGUGAAAAGACUGGGAACGACCGCCUGUGCAAGCGUGACCGGUACAACAAGAAGCUCAAGCGCUACUAUGUGGUUUACCAAGAGGAGGAGGAGGAUCUUUCUGAAGACGAAGAACAGCGCCGACACGAGACUGCGGAUGCCAAUGGCCAGGAGGUUGAGUUCUUGCGAAUUGGGAACCCCAGGGAUGAUGAUACUGAAGAGGAUGAUGAUGAUGACGAUGAAAAGGAGGCCAAUGCAAAGGUCGUCAACCAUGGGUCUGUGCAAGGCUUGGAGCAAGCCAUCGAGACCCUCGAUGCCCAGUUCCAGGCCUGUGAGUUGGUCAAGAUCGAUGUGGGAGGCUUGUCCAAUAAGAACCUCCCAGAGCCUGACCAAAAGGUACUGACCAGUUUUCUCCUGGCGUUUCACUGCGCAAUAUCAUGUUUCACAGUUCCUGUCUCUAGAUUUCACUCCUGGCACUCUGAGGCCUGCUGCAAACAUGUGGUGCAGAUCGCGAAGCAUGAGGUGGAUAGCAAUCCGCGUGCAUCCCAUGCGAUGCGGGAUUUCGCUUCCAUUAGGAUGAAAGGAGUCUUAGCCGAGUUUUGGGAACGAUACCGAGGGAUGGACCCAGGACACCCAGUUUUUUCGCUCGAGAGGGCUGGAGUUAUUUCAUGCGACCGUUUGAUCCCAUAUUACUCUCAUUCUGACGAGGGAAGGACUUUUCGUGAUGGGGCCCUGUGGGUGUUAAACACCCAUGGAGUGAUUGGUCGUGGGACGCUGGCUUUCUUGAAGAAGAAUAAGCACCGGGCCCCUGAACAGGAUGACAGAAACAAUCGUGUUGCACUGCCGUAUGAGGACGUGACUAUGCAGCCAAUUUGGGAGGACACCAUGGGCACAUCGUUGCCGUGGGAGGUCGCUCCUACCAUUUUGGCUGCUGCGACGAAGGCGGUCAACAUUGCCGUCACCUACCUCUAUGAGAAUGGGCUCUGGCUGCAAGCAUCAAAUGCUCGGCAGGUGUCCCGGUGGCUCUUCUCCUUCUUGGGGCAUUUUGCCGUUUGUGCUCACUUGACUUUGGUAAGUGGCCGUCGCCGAUUCCCUGUUUAUCCAAAGUCACACAUGCUAUGUCAUACAGCCCUCAAGCUACUUCGCUUGUCGUCCAGAUGCGAAUGGAUUCUUUCUCCGUUGGCCACAGCAUGCCAGCAGGAGGAGGAUUUCAUAGGAAAGCCUUCGAAGGUCUCUAGGUCGACAAAUGUCAGGCAGGCUCACAGAAGCAUUUUGUGGCGAAGCCUGAUAAAAAUUCAGGUAUCAUUGAAGCAAUCUGCUGCAGACCAGCGUGGUCUGAAUGCAUAUCCAGAUCUUGGAUAA